AUGUUGGAGCUGCGGCAUCGCGGAGGCGGCCCCGGCCCCGGCCCCGGCCCCGGGGGAGCGCUGGUGCCGCCGCCCCGCGAGGGAGAGGCGGCCGGCGGGGACCACGAAACCGAGAGCACCAGCGACAAAGAAACUGAUAUUGAUGACAGAUAUGGAGAUUUGGAUUGUAGAGGAGAUUCUGAUGUCCCCGAAAUCCCACCAUCCUUGGAUAGAACCCCUGAGGUACUCCAGAAAGCACUGUCUGGUUUAUCUUCAAGGUGGAAAAACUGGUGGAUUCGUGGAAUUCUUACUCUAACCAUGAUCUCAUUGUUUUUCCUGAUCAUCUACAUGGGAUCCUUUAUGCUGAUGCUUCUGGUUUUGGGAAUCCAAGUGAAAUGCUUCCAUGAAAUUAUCACCAUUGGAUACAGAGUGUAUCAUUCUUAUGACCUCCCAUGGUUUAGGACACUGAGCUGGUACUUUCUACUAUGUGUAAACUACUUUUUCUAUGGAGAAACAGUAGCUGAUUAUUUUGCUACAUUUGUUCAAAGAGAAGAACAACUUCAGUUCCUCAUUCGCUACCAUAGAUUUAUAUCAUUUGCCCUCUACCUGGCAGGUUUCUGCAUGUUUGUACUGAGCUUGGUGAAGAAACAUUACCGUCUGCAGUUUUAUAUGUUCGCAUGGACUCAUGUCACUUUACUGAUAACCGUUACUCAGUCACAUCUUGUCAUCCAGAAUCUGUUUGAAGGCAUGAUAUGGUUCCUUGUUCCAAUAUCAAGUGUGAUCUGCAAUGAUAUUACUGCUUACCUCUUUGGAUUUUUUUUUGGAAGAACUCCAUUAAUUAAGUUGUCUCCUAAAAAGACCUGGGAAGGAUUCAUUGGUGGUUUCUUUUCUACAGUCAUAUUUGGAUUCAUUGCCGCCUAUGUGUUGUCCAAAUACCAGUACUUCGUCUGUCCAGUGGAGUACCGCAGUGACAUCAACUCCUUUGUGACCGAGUGUGAGCCCUCAGAACUGUUCCAGCUUCAGCGUUACUCCCUUCCGCCCUUCCUCAAAGCAGUGUUAGGAUGGGACACAGUGAGCUUGUACCCCUUCCAGAUACACAGCAUUGCUCUUUCAACGUUCGCAUCAUUAAUUGGCCCAUUUGGAGGCUUCUUCGCCAGUGGAUUCAAGAGAGCUUUCAAAAUCAAGGAUUUUGCAAACACCAUUCCUGGACAUGGUGGAAUAAUGGACCGAUUUGAUUGUCAGUAUUUGAUGGCAACUUUCGUGCAUGUAUACAUCACAAGCUUUAUAAGGGGUCCGAAUCCCAGCAAGGUAUUGCAGCAGUUGUUGGUGCUUCAGCCGGAACAACAGCUAAAUAUAUAUAAAACCCUGAAGACUCACCUCACUGAGAAAGGGAUCCUCCAGCCCACCUUGAAGGUGUGACAGACAGAAUGACAAGGUGGACUCCUAAGCGGCACUGACAGAGGAGCUCUUACACUGCACCAAGACACGGCUGAAAUGACAAUACAUGGAAGUUUUGCAAACAUGAGUGUUUCGUUCUCGAAAUUACUGUGAAUAUUUAACAAACACUUCUGUGAUCUAAGUUAUGAAAUAAUUAGAAAAUCGCCAGCAAAAUAUUCUGUACUUUUUCUAAGAUGUAUUUUCUGACAUUAACUUCUUUCCCUUUACCCGCUGGAUUUCAUAAUUUAAAAGACUUGAAUUUUAAAGAGGCAAGCACUAUAAAUCGAGGAUGUCUUAUGAUCGCGCCUGGGAUCUUUAGCGCAAAUAUUAACUUUCACUCUUGGAGCUGCUUCUUACCUCUGGCAGGGUGUUUUAUGUAAGGUACAACAGGAAGCCAGUUCUCCUGGGCUUCCUCCUCUCAGAGUCUCAAGUGUUCUCUGAAGGUACAACAGGAAGCCGGCUCCCCUGGGCUUCCUCUGCUCAUAGUCCCAAGUGUUCUCUGAAGGGCUGAGUUUGAUUAAAAAAGAGAAUGAUUGUCCACUUUUUCCUUUUUUUUUCUUUUUGUUUGUGGCACCAGGGAGGACCUCAGAGUCACCCAUGCAAGGCAAGCACAUGCUGUGCCACUGAACCACACCGCAGUUGCAUUGUCUGCCUUUCAGCAGCCCAAAGAAAGUAUAUUUUUAAGUGGGUUCACCAUUCAGGAGAGAGAAGCUGACAUUUCUACCAUCAUCGAUUUGUUAGGAAAAGCAGGUAUCGGGUUCUAUUUCUGAUACAAUUAUCCGGGAAAGCAUGGCGUCACCGCAGCUUCCCAAGAGAUACCCAAGGAACAGAGCCUUCAGGGACAGGUGCCCACACUGACCUCACCCAGGCCAGCACCUGGGAGGGAGUGGAAAGCACAGCGUGGCUUGACUCCGCUCUUGGCUUGCUCCUCUAGUUUUCUUGUUUCCCUGUGAGCUGACUUCAUGCAGGUGGUGGCCACUCACAGGAGGCACUGCUCGCCAUGGCCAGGCCUCUGUUCUCCAGCAGCUUUGGGAGACUGGGAAGAAGGAAUAUUGACCUGGACCCCAGGCCUAGGCCGUCUCCCUGGGAGGAGCUCAUCUUUGUCCCAUUCGUCUUCCGCAUCAGGUCAGAAUCGGAGGAUGCCAGCUGAUUGUUUUCUUCCAAGAAUAGAAAUCAAGCAGAAGUGAUUCCCAAGAAGAGAGCGCACGAAUGCCAGCCUUUCCCUGGGGUAGACUGGCUGCUGUGACUCGAUGAGAGGAAACUCCUUAGCAGGGGAUGAGAGGCAGCUCUGCUGCAAGACGCUCUAGACAGCCGUGUGUGGCCUUCUCCACCUGAGGGUGAUGAAAUUACCAAGUGCGUCCAGUUAAAUGGUCAGAAACAAUCCUAUUGUGAAGAGUGCCCUGCUACUGAAGAGUAAAUACUUUUAUUUAAAUCAUAAGUGAAUUUCAGUUAUUUUAUAUCUCAUCCUAGUGUGGAUGUGCCCAGUUCUGAGGGGGAGCCUCAUGGUGUGUGCUGCAUUCACACCGUGUGUCUACUCCAGCUCCGCAGGCCAGGGACACUUGGGACCACGAGUCCGUCGUUAGGUCUAGCCUGCUGCCUGUAACUCACUGCCCUGUGGGCUCAGUGUAAUUUCCCACUGUUCCACGGAAGCCUGGGACUGACACUGAACGUGCUAUUACAGGAAUCAGUGAUCACUUUUAAAAUCAGUCCACAUACAAGUUAACUUCAGUAUCUUGUGCUUUUAUUUCUCUCACUAACAGCUCCAAAUCUGGACCAUAAAAGAAUUUAGGGCACCAAGGUUUAAGAAAUACAAUGGCAAUCUUGUGACAGGAACGUUCAUCAAAAACUCCUUGAAAAUGCAUAGAUCCUCCCAUGUUUUUAUUUAACUGGUGAGGCACUACUAGACAGAAUUAUGAAAGCAUUACUGAGCAUGUAUUAAAAAAUCAAUAUUCUUAUAAAAGAAGUAUGAAUCUAGGAGUAUUUGGGAUUACAGUAAAGGCUUUUCUCAAAUAUGCUUUUAGAUUUGGGUGUACAUUAUUCCAUAUGUAAAGAAAAGUAAGUUCUUAAUUUUAACAGAGCUCUGAAGAAUCUUUUUAGCAUACUUUUAUAGCAUGUAUAUUAAAAUGGACUAUAUUUUAACGAGCAGUUACCACAGCACCUGACUUUGGUUAUCUUGCUAUUUGCACUGGGAAGAGGGGGCUUCAGUUCUAACAUACAGUGUGGUGGUGGAAAAAUGAGGACGACAACCUUCUUUCAUGUGAAUGGCUGAUUGUUCCGAACUUGCUCUUUGGGAAGGUGUACCAUGGAUACCAGUUGUUUGAUAAUCUAACCUACGGGAUGCAAACAUUUCCUCAGUGCUUUCCCCUGGAGCAGUACACAUGUGGUCAUGUCUGAGAACAAAAAGACCCCACACUGCCCUUCUUUCAGAAGGUCUUCAUUAGCACUUUGGCUUGAACAAAGGUAAUGCCUCCUUGGUCAGUGAAAAAAGGAGCAAUGCUGUAUAUACUCUGUACAUUGGUGAAAGUUUAUGAUAUAUGUCAAUAAGUUCUCUGAAUCUUUUUACUGAAACUGAGGUAGAAAAAUAAAAAAAAUCAAUCCAUCA